CUAAAUGUUAGUGUAUCUGCGCAGUUGCUGCUUUAAACUAAUGCUCGUGAACGUACACACGUCUCACUCAAGAACAGUACCAUCCACCCAUCCACAAAUUAUUUCUGUACCACAAUUGUGAUGAGGCAAUUGCUGUAUUCUCGUUGCUGAACGAAGAAGCUUGUUAUAGAGUAACGGGUUGAAUUUUACUAAGGUUAUAGCUAAUAUAGACGCUGUAGGUGCAUCUACAGCUAGAUUGCUGCCUGGUUCUUUCUCGUGUAAAACCUUGAGGAUAGCUUGCGAUUAGACAAUAUAUAUAUAUAUAUAUUUUAAACUAGAUAUAUUUAUCAACCAUCAUAAGUGAGCUUCUUUAGUAUAUGGGCGACAAAAUGCAAAAGAGACGGAAGCCUGAACCGAUCCAACUCAACCCAAUUCCUGAUGGAAACACUAUCAACGGAACCAGCGCUACGGAGACAAACCUGGAGGCCCUGCAGAAGAAGCUGGAGGAGCUGGAGCUGGACGAGCAGCAGCGGAAGCGUCUGGAAGCCUUCCUCACCCAGAAGCAGAAAGUCGGCGAGCUGAAGGACGAUGACUUUGAAAAGAUCUGUGAGCUGGGGGCCGGCAAUGGUGGCGUGGUCUUCAAGGUCUCACACAGACCCUCUGGGCUCAUCAUGGCCCGGAAGCUGAUCCACCUGGAAAUCAAGCCAGCUAUCAGGAACCAGAUCAUCCGGGAGCUGCAAGUGCUGCACGAGUGCAACUCGCCCUACAUCGUGGGCUUCUACGGGGCCUUCUACAGCGACGGAGAGAUCAGCAUCUGCAUGGAGCACAUGGAUGGCGGCUCCCUGGAUCAGUCAUUGAAGAAAGCGGGCAAGAUCCCGGAGCAGAUCCUGGGCAAAGUCAGCAUCGCUGUGAUCAAAGGUCUGUCCUACCUGAGAGAGAAGCACAAGAUCAUGCAUAGAGACGUCAAGCCAUCCAACAUCUUGGUGAACUCUCGUGGAGAGAUCAAGCUCUGUGACUUUGGAGUGAGUGGUCAGCUCAUCGACUCCAUGGCCAACUCCUUUGUAGGCACACGCUCCUACAUGUCUCCGGAACGACUGCAGGGUACACACUACUCAGUCCAGUCCGACAUCUGGAGCAUGGGGCUCUCGCUGGUGGAAAUGGCCAUAGGACGAUUCCCCAUCCCGCCGCCUGAUGCCAAGGAGCUGGAGCAAAUCUUUGGCUUCCCGGUGGAGGGCGAUGCAUCGUCCAGUGAGGCUUCCCACAAACCAAGGUCUCCUGGCAGACCGAUCAGCUCAUAUGGGCCAGACAGUCGACCUCCCAUGGCUAUUUUUGAGCUGCUUGACUACAUUGUCAAUGAGCCACCACCUAAGCUGCCAGGCAUUUUUGGUUCUGAAUUUCAAGACUUUGUUAACAAAUGUUUAAUAAAGAACCCAGCAGAAAGAGCAGACCUGAAACAGUUGAUGGUCCACUCCUUCAUCAAGCAAUCAGAGGCAGAGGAGGUGGACUUUGCAGGCUGGCUGUGCACCACCAUCGGCCUAAACCAGCCCAACACCCCCACCCACAGUGUGGGAGUGUGAAUCUGAAGACAGGCUGUGCUGCUCAUCGCUCCAGGCGGCCCGUCCUGCCAAUCGCCAACGCUUCUCAAUGUUUUUUCACGUUUUUAAAAGGAAGGUCUUUGUCACUUUGCCAUAGCAAAUCACUGCCUCUUUGUUUGAUGUGCGAGAUAAGUGAUCUCUUGUAAAAGUGCAGGGUUUCUCAACCACCUGAAUGGUCCUGGCUGACAAGUGUUUUAAGUGAGAACCUGACCUCAAAGUAUAGAAGUUCUUUGGAUCAAUGCAGUCAAUAAGUUUCCAUUUUGACAAAGGCAAAGAGAUGGUUUUCAAAUAUGGAGAACCCUGGGUGUGUGACCUGGUCUAUUUUCAAUAUGAAGUGGUCAUUCCAAAACUUGCAGAAGCCAGACUAUGAAUCACAGUGCAGAAAUCUGUAAUUGUAAACAGCCUUUCUUUUAAAACUGCAUGGCUAAAUGUCAACAUGCAUUGGUUUGGCUUCAAGGUGCAAUGUUUGAAACUCACUGCUCUAUAUGGUCUGCUGUAUAGCAUGCUGUUACUCAUCCUGGUAGUUUUCAGAAGUUCAAAUUUUCCUUCAACAGACCCCAAGACAGCUGCUCUUAAGGAUAUAUUAUAAAACUGUAUAGCAACUUGUGUACUGAAUUAAUGUUUUGCUAUUUUGAAGAAAAUGUCAUGCAAAUUUUAACAUUUAAUGUCAUAUAAUAAAUUUAUGGUUUACCAA